GCGCAUGCUCCGACAUGGCAGCUGCCUGUGAGUCUCCCCAGCUCCGACACUUAAAAAAAUAUUUCUGAAAAUAAAAAAGCUGAGGAGCUGAAAACUGAGCUGACAAGAUGCCGGGCUUCAGUGCCAGAGCCGUGAUGGAGUAAACAACCGGCAGCGGGUAAAACUUGUGAUCUGGUCUGGAUGGAACCGACGGGUCUACGAGACGUUUUCAAAUGUAUAACACUAUCCAUUGCAGCAAUGGAGGAUAUUGGUCUCCAUCCCAAACCCGGCAAUGACCCCCCUGUCCACAGACCCACAGUCACUGAGACUUUUGGGCUGCACCACAUCCCACCAGAUCACCUACAUGUCUCUGAUGCAAGCAGAAAAUCUGACAUGGAUAAAGAUGGACCGUCCAAAAAAAGGUCGCACUCGGUGAUCAGAGCAGAGCCGCAGAUGUUUUCCCAGUUUCCUUUACAGAGCCCGGUGCCUCUGGGUGCUGACACCACACUUUUUAAUACAGCUGCUAAAAAUGGAAGCACUACUUUGGAUAAGACAGGGGCCUCCAGAAAAACACCCAAAGCCAAAAUCACAGAUCCAUCAAAGUGGAAGCAAAACAAGCAGAAACAGCUGAGGAUGGAGGGAAAGGCAUACGUGAGCAAACGAAAAAAAGACGGCGAGAUUGUGACAAAGCAGCCGAGAACAAUGGGAUCAAGGUGCACUUCGAACGCAUGCAAAAAGGCAUCCAACAGGCUUUGCAAUGAGAUCGAUGAGGAGGCCAGGACGAAGGUGUUUGACUGAGUUCUGGCAGCACAUGAACUGGGCUCAGAGGAAACUCUAUGUAGCAGGACAAGUUGACCGUGACCCUGUGGAAAGAUCUCGAGCGGUGGGAUCACAGUCGAGGAGAUCGGUUUCACUCCGGUAUCACCUGAUGGUGGAGGGCAAAAGGAAACAAGUCUGUAAGAACAUGUUCUUGUCCACUCUGGGGAUAGGAGAGUGGUCUGUGCUCAACUGGGUGCAGAGAGGAGUAACAAAAAAGACUGAAUCAAGUGAAAACAAAUUAGAAAAGAGGCUGGCUGUCCCUCAGUGCCCACAGCAGAAUCCUACUCCCUCUGCAGUCAGUAAUACUGUGGAAGUCAAUCAGGAACAAGUAAAUUCCAAUGACAAAGACAAAAACAGAGCACCAGAACCGGAGGGGCCAGCCAGAAAGAAAUCCAGAGUUGCCAAGCCCCUAACAUGGAAGCAAAAUCGACAGAAGCAACUGAGGAUGGAGGGCAAACCUUACGUUAGCAAACGUAAGAAAGAUGGUAUGACCAUAACCAAAGCUCAGAGGACAAUGGGACAGAGAUGCACGUCCAGUGCUUGCAAAAGGGCCUCUAACCGCUUCUGUGCUGACUUCAGUGAGGAAACGAGGAGCGACCUGUUCACUAGUUUCUGGCAGUGCAUGAACUGGGCUCAGAGGAAGAUCUAUGUGGCCGGACUAGUCGACUGUGACCCAGUGGAAAGAACCCGAGCGCCGUGGACACAGUCGAGAAGAUCUGUCUCGAUGCGAUACCAUUUGAUAGCCGACGGGGACAGAAAACAAGUUUGCAAAAAGAUGUUCCUGUCCACUUUGGGGAUCGGAGAGUGGUCAGUGCUUAACUGGGCACAAAAUUCAACCCAGAAUGGGAAUUCAGAGGAAAACACUAAGAAGCAAACGCAGAGGAAGUCUCGUAAAGCCUUGGAGCAUGUUGUCCUGAAGGAGUUUCUGGAGAGUUUACCCAAAGUGCCCUCUUACUGCUGCGGGACGUCCAUCUCCAAGUUGUAUCUGGAGCCAGUCUUCUCAAACAUGUCUGAGGUGUAUAGGCACUACUACAACCACUGCUUAGAGAGGAAGACUACACCGCUCUCUCGGCAGGUUUUCUGUGCUGUAUUUAAAAAGAUGGAUUUGGGAUUGUGUGACCCCAAAAAGGAUCAAGGUUGUACUUUUGGUGCGACGGGAAACUUGUUUAAUGAGCUUUGGGAGGAAUACUGCAUGGAAAGAGGAGCUCCAGGGCCAGAGAAAAUGGGUAACCAGUAGGAAAGGAUCUAUGUUGGAGUUCACCGCUGUGUUAAUAUGAGUUGUGUAUUCCUCCAUUACCUUCAAUAUGAUCACAUACACGUUGUGGAAAGUUUGAUGCCAAGACUUUGCCAAAACUGUACUUAAUGAUCUUGAUAAUCUCACACUGUCUGAAGCAAUCAAGAUGUCUUUAUGCAGCUUAACAGUUGUUUCACUUAAGUGGAAUUAUUUAAGCACUACAUACAGGGGUCUUCUUAGGUGAUGAUCCACCGAUGGUCAGCGAAGAGUCCGAAUAAGUUGUCUUGUACAUCACCUUUUUAUCUGGUCUUAGCCAGCUCUCUAUCCCUCCCUCUCUGACUUCUUUCACCAAACCAUUUUUGGUAGUGCCAGUUCUGGCUAUGCUGUGUUACAAUCCCUCCGGUCUGGCGAUGUCAUGUUGCAAUCCCUUUUUGGCUUUAAAUACUUACCAAUAGUGACCGCAUCCAUCCUCCAUACCGCUUCUUACAAUCAUUCUUAUCCUUAGUUACCAUUGAUACAAUUAAUCAUUACUUUUAGUAAUAUUAUUAGUACAAUUAUUCUUUAACUUUUAUACUUUGAGUCACAAUCAACUGUUUAAAUCACAUUUGAUGAUUUUCAUACUCUCGUGCAAAUCUUACAGUGUGCCACCAAACUUCCCUUUUUCUAAGGCUGGCACGGCUCUCUGGUACUUUACAGUCAUGUCAUAGUCUUACCGUUUUUGCUUAGUCACAGUGUCAUAUGAUUUUUCAUGUAUUACAUUCACACACACACAUAGUACAAUGAUUAUAGUGCUCACAUUAUACUGAUUUCUAAAUAAUUCAUUAAAACUGUGCAUCUUACAUCCUUUCUUUUGGCGCCGGGAGUGGGUAGAUCUAAACCUUUCUUGACAAGUCCUAUCAUAGGAAUUCACAGUCAAGUUUUCUGGACUCAGCAGCUGGACAAAACAGAUGUGUGUGCACGUGCUUCUACACUUGUUUGAAAAGGUCAAAUUCAAACUACACUGUCCCCUCACACACUGAAGCUUUCUGCACACCACAAAGUAACGGCUCUUCCAACAGUUCACAGUAAGAGCCACAAAAGCGCACACACACAGACACACGUACAUAGGGUUAUCGCCCUCCUAUUCUUCUCCACACAGUGGCAGGAAGUUGUCCAGAUAUCCGCAGGGCCUCUGAAAAAAAAAAAGAAAAACGCGAGUGUACAAAGUAGGCUGGGUGGUGUUAGAAGGUGUUGGUGGUGGCGGUGAUGGACUUGGGCGACUUCACUCAGAGUUAACUGUUCGCUGUGAGCAGCAGGGAAUCAGACAGUGUGAAAACGCUGUGAGUCACAGCCUGAGCUCCUGCAGAUCAGAGGCAGGUUUACCCAAACAGCCGGACUGGACUGCUGAGUGAGAGAAGAAAUAAGGCCCCACAGCUGGUGACCUGAACAGCCUGAAGAUGUGGGCUCUGAGGAUGUUUCUUCUGCUGGGACUGAGCUGGACAAGUCGAGCUGCAUCUGGUGAUCCGUGGGGUCAGUGUCCAGUCAGCAGAAAUUGUAAGGACAAGUUCGGAGACGGGUCUUGUAACACAGAAUGUGUGGAGCCUGAGUGUCUCAGAGACGGCUUCGAUUGCCUUAAGGACAGGGGCCACUGCAAUCCGGACCACAUCAAGUACUGUCGCGAUCACUACGCCGACUCCCACUGCGGCCAAGGAUGCAACAGUGCCCCCUGUGGAUGGGACGGCAGCGACUGCUUCACACGCCAGAGCCCUCAAUGGGCUAAAGGCACCCUGAUCCUUCACACUAACAUCCCACUGGAACGUGGCACCUUCUCCAACAGCUCCUUGCUCUGGGCGCUCAGCGUCCUCCUCCAGUCACCACUCAAGCUGAGAGGAUCCACCCCCCUCGCCACCAACAGGAAACUGUUUGAUUUUGACCCUCAGCAGCUUGCCGACCUGCUGGCUCAGGCAACACCAUCUGACUCAAAUGGCUCCCUCCUUUUCCUCCAAGUGGACAACAGGCCGUGUUCCCAUUCAUCCACUACCUGUUUCCCCUACGCCACCAUGGCAGCCAGUUUCCUACGUGCUGUAAUGUUACUGAAGCCCACCUCGUUCCCCGCACUCCCAGAGCUGAAGGCCGUCAUCAGUAUUAGAGGUGUCCGAGAGGAAAUAGGAAGCAGAGACGAGGAAACGCCGUUAGAGGAAAUCAAAGAGCCGAACCCUGUGUGGUUAUGGGCCGUUGUUGCACUAGCAAUCAGCCUGCUGCUGCUGCUGCCCCUGGUCGUGUUCCUGGUGGUGAGGAGGGUGAGGCAGCGGCGGGCGGAGAGGGAGAGCAACGGCAGGGUGAGACACCGGCCUACAGUCACUGAGAACGACGGCAAAGCCAAGUCCUGGGCACCACAUGCGGCCCACCAAGAACAGCGGGUCAGAUCCAGCAGGGAGAAAGACAAGAUCAGCCUGAGGAAAAAGAAGAAAGCCAAGGAAGCGGAGAAGAAGAGGAGGAGGGAACCACUGGGCGAGGACGCCAUUCGAAUGCGGCCUCUCAAAAGAGACCAGGAUAUAGGAAGUGACACAGACUUUACCCAGAGUUCAAUGGAGGACAUCAGUGCGAGAUGUUCCAGACGUCAGGAAGACGCCACCAUCUGUGACCACAGGACCCAGGAGCAAAAACACUACCGAAAUGGACCCCCACCGUCCCGCAGACCCAUACAGCCUCCACCUAGAGGAUGGGAGAGAAACGCCAUGCCUCCUCCUCUGCUCAGUCCUCCUCAGCAGUCGGCAGAGUGGUGUGGCCCAGAUGGAUCAGUGGUUCUGAUCCGAGCCGUGCGUAGCGGGCUGGACAGAGUGGUUUUGGAGCUGCUGCGAGCAGGAGUACCAGUUAACAACACUGAUCACACUGGGAGAUCAGCCCUGCACUGGGCAUGCUCAGUAAACCACCUCUCCUUAACAAGGACCCUCAUACGCUAUGGGGCCGCUGUGGACCUGCAAGACAACAAGGGCGAGACACCGCUCUUCCUUUCCGCCCUCCACGGUUGCUAUGACACCGCCAGACUUCUCCUCCUUCACGGUGCCAACCUCGAGCUGCACGACCGCAGGGGGCGUCGGCCGAUCGACGUGGCCAGAGAGGGCAUGCGUCACCAGGUCCUGGAGCUCCUGCUGGCUCACCAGAUUCAGAGAGGGCCUGUUCCCGUCGACACGGCCAACGACAUGCUGUGGGAGGAGCGCGCUCUGAUGUACUCGCCAUGGGUCGGAUCACAAGGCCUGCCUGGAAGAAGUGCCUCCUUCUCCGGGAUCGAUAGGGCAUCGAGAUAUGACCCCACCACCACAGAACGAUUGGUCGAUGAACAGAGUGCAGUACCCCUCCCCUCAGAACUGGCGGCCGCAGCUCAACCAAUCAGCAACAGCGCUGGUCCCUCCAAGAGUUAUGGGCCGCUCCCCUCGGCCAAUCAGCACCUUACAGGAGGUGACCUCAGAAGACGAGGACCGCGACAGGCAUCAGGAAGUCCCCAGAGCUGCGACACCUCACUUCCUGUCGCCCCAGCCGGCCCCUCGGCAGCGUUCCUUCUCCUGCACCCAGCAUGCACUGCAGCGCCGCUCCAGCGCUCACCAGCCGGAGCCCAAUUAUCUUAUCGUGACAGACAGAACAGCCAAUGAGCCCAUAGAAAGAGUCGUUGUUUCACCUCCCACAGAUGCCACGGCCCAAUCAGAUCGCCAGCAAGUUGCUAACGGCGACAAUCCCAGCAGAGCCGAACAAGCGGCGAUGAGUUUGACGAAUACAGAGCAGAAAUCUAGAGGUGAGAGGUCAAACAACACUACUGACGCCACACAAACAGCCUUGUAGAGAAGAGGAACGAGGAAUGAAAUUUCAGCUGCCUCUCCAUUCAGCCUGUAAAAGGUAGCACUGAAGAGGAUGUGACUAUGAUGAUGGUUUAAUAAAGCUGCGCUGACAGAGGGGCACUGAGUUUUAGUUUGGCAACAGACUUAUUGUAUAAAUCUCAAUGCAGAGCAGAAGGCUUUGGCCCUCAGCUGGAAGGAGUCCAACCUUGAUUUAGUGAAAUUCUGGAGAUGUCCAGUUUGCAUCUGUUGGUCGUCACCUGACCCGUCAGAUUACUUACUGUUACAUCCACUGUCCAAUGAAUGCACAGUAGCAGCAAACGGAGAUGUUCCAGCCCAAAGCACCCACACACAGUUUUCACUCAGCCUUGCCUAAAUUAUUCUAUUUUUUACUACGGAGGGGGAUGAUGUUAUAACUGUAAAUCUUUGUUACAUGGCACAGUCAGUAGAACAUGUUUGACGUGAAUGCCAGUCAAACGAGAUGAAUGUGGAGACUGAACUACACUGUAUUCACGUGGUCUCGUCGUGUAACAGGUUGCAUUCUGAUUAUUGCAGAAAUAUUGAAGGAGAAAUCCUGAGAAGAAUCCUGUCGAUGCAUGCAAUAAAGUGACUUUUCAUGCAACCAA